AUGACCUUCAACGUGAUAAACAACACAAAUGGCGAAAAGACGAUACGUGAUUUGUUUCCAACAAUGUACCUCGAAAACUCUAUAGCUCUUGUUACCCUCCUGAACAAGGAUUUCAUAGAAUUAGGUGUAGAAAUUUCAGACUAUAUUGAAAUGAGUUGGAUCGAGUCUGCGCUUUUCUACACAAACUUCCUCAUUGGUACUCCGACCACUGCUCUUCUAAGCCGUACACCUCAAAGACUUAACCCAUUCAAGAGCAAAUCUGAUUACGUAAAAAAAAUCCUUUUCCACCAUCGAUCAGGGAAUAUAGCGAAUAUCCAAAACGAAGUAAACUGGGAUGAACUUGGCGUUGAAGCAGUCAGUCGGUACUUGAGCUUCACAAGGGUGAUGUAUGAUUAUAUGACUCCGUUUGUUUCUAAGAACCCCAGCGAAGCAUUUCUGAACUACAUGGAUUUAGACAUUGGUGUCAAUAGCCAUGGCAAGAAUGCUUACGCUGAAGGAAUGGUUUAUGGGCACAAGUAUUUCAAAGAGAUGAAUUAUAAGAGGCUAACGAUGGUGAAGACGACGGUUGAUCCUAGCAAUUUCUUUAGGAAUGAGCAAAGUAUCCCAACUUUGUCAUCUUCAUGGAAGUAA